AUGUCACUCCCCAAUGUAUGGCAUCUACGUCGGGUGGCCGAUACUGCCGCCAAAGCAUGCUUCGUUUGCUACAAGCCCUCCGCUAGUGUUCUGAUUACACCAGACAACAAGGACUUUUUCUAUGUCUGCCCUGUCCAUCUACAAGAUAGGCAUUUCUGCUCUCCUAUCGUGGACUCGGAGCAGGCGGCAGCCAAGGCAAAGCAGGAAGCAUUGGCGCGGGAAAUUGAGAUAGUGAAAAAGGAGUAUGAAGAGAAGCAGCGACGGAAGAAGGAAAAAGAGAAGGACAAGAAGACCGAUGAGGAGCCAAAGGAUUCAGACAAGAAAUCCAAGAAUUCCAAGAAAUCGGACAAGGAGGGCGACAGCGGCGCCAAGUCACUUGAGAAAGAAAGAGAUGAGAAGAUCGAAUCCCUCACCAAGUCCGCUUCGUCGUCCGCUACGGAUGACUCGCCUCGUAUUUUCGCUUUGCAUAAAAAUUUCUACCAGAUGCGCGUCGACAGACAGCGUAAUAUUGAAAUGGCCAAGCGGAAUCGUCAGCGCUUGCAAGAACCAUCUCUCUUCCCAUCUGUCCCGUCCGGCGAUCUUUGA